CAGAUGUCCCAGAUUUCCCAUUCAAAAAAACUGAAAUAAAGAUCAUUGGCCGAACCAAUUCAUUCUCAAUAGCCAAUGGUAACGCCCCCUCACAAUCCAACAUGGCGACGGCAUUUGAAUUUUGAGCGUUACGAACGGUCAGCGUUCGUGCAGGUGCAUGCACAUCCCGCCUAUUCAGUCCUCAUUUCCCUCAGUGAAAAGUGGAAAAAAGUGGUGUUAUUGGGGAUUACAAUUGAACCGACGAGAGCCUGGUUCACAGUGAGAUCACCAGGAUGGAGAACUUCACGAAGGUCGAGAAGAUUGGCGAGGGGACCUAUGGCGUCGUCUACAAGGGGAAACACAAGAAAACUGGGGAAAUUGUUGCCAUGAAGAAAAUUCGUCUCGAGAGCGAUGAUGAGGGCAUACCAUCCACAGCUAUACGUGAGAUUUCGUUGCUGAAGGAGUUGAAACAUCCGAACAUCGUGGGACUGAUUGAUGUGCUCAUGGAAGAGUCUAGACUGUAUCUCAUCUUUGAGUAUCUCACGAUGGAUCUUAAAAAAUAUAUGGAUACUCUGGGGAGUGAAACAUUAAUCCCUACCGAGACAGUUAAAUCAUAUUUGUACCAGAUUACACGAGCUGUGCUCUUCUGCCACACACGACGAGUCCUCCAUCGUGACUUGAAACCCCAAAAUCUUCUCAUCGACGCACGUGGGGGAAUAAAAGUCGCUGAUUUUGGUUUGGGAAGGGCAUUUGGUAUUCCAGUGAGAGUCUACACACAUGAGGUCGUUACCCUGUGGUACAGAGCCCCAGAGAUCCUCCUAGGCACCACCAGGUACACAUGUGCCAUCGAUGUCUGGAGCAUAGGCUGCAUCUUCGCUGAAAUGGCGACGAAAAAACCAUUGUUCCAAGGGGACAGUGAAAUUGAUCAAUUGUUCAGAAUAUUCCGUGUCUUGAAAACACCUACUGAAGAAAAUUGGCCUGGUGUUACUCAACUAGCGGAUUACAAAGCCACAUUUCCCAACUGGACGACAAAUAAUUUAGGAAAUCAGGUGAAGCCGCUGAACGAGAAGGGUCUCGAUCUCCUCCAGGCGAUGCUCGUCUACAAUCCAGAGAAACGUAUUUCAGCACGUGCAGCUCUCGAACACCCGUACUUCAAGGAUCUAGAUCUCAGUAAACUUCCGCCGACGUGAUAAGUAUACCAAGGAAGAUCAUGUGGUUUUGGAUUCUCUGGGACAACAAUCUCCACACUGCUUCGUUCACGAGAAUGCCUCUGUCGUUUCUCUUAACUUCACAAUUCGAUUUUAAAGUGUAAUCGUUAAAUACUCCAGUUUGAUUCCAUGUUCACGUCGAUAUGUUUACUAUUCUCCACAAGUUUUAUUAUAAUUUAACUGAAUCGCACUUUGGUGUAUCAUUAUUUUUUUUUAUUCGAUUUGAUUAUUUAUCUUGAUGUCGGUUCAUUCGAGGGUUUUUCUACAGGUUGAUGACUCUUCGUAUUCUUCUCGAGGUGAAAAUUUUUGGUUGAGAUAUUUUCUGGACAUGCCCUGGAGGAUGUUUUUAGAGGAAAUGGUUCUGGGUGGAUGGGGUCACUGAGGAUGGAGUUUUGUGUAAUUAAAUUACAAAUGCAAUAGAACUUUAAUGAAAAUUCGCUAGAAUUUUAAUUUUAAUAGAACUUCAAUGGAGUGCCAUAAGAACGUGAACGAAAUUUUACGAUAAAUUGAACCGAAAUUUGAAAUCUUAAUGGAUUUCAAUUUCAACGAAAUUCUAAAGAAUUUCUAGUAAAAUUUCAAUGUCACUUCUGCAGGGUUUCAAUACAAAUUCAUCUACAAAAUCUUCUACAGAACAUGGCCAUAAAAUACUUUCGUACACGUCAUCCCGAUUGUCUGUAUAAUACACAUUCCUAUCUUAUUUUAACACUCAUACUCACAGGGCGUUUCAUCCAAUGAACUUGUAAAUAUUUUGGAUGGAAAAAUUUGGAAAAUUGAAAAUUUAUGUAAGCAACGAAACCAUACGAGUGUUCAAUUUUUUACAUGUGACACAUUGAUUGUCUGAGAGGUUGAAAAAAUAAAGAAAAAUAAUAUAAUGUUUCUAGA